UGAACAAACACGGCGAAGAGUAGAAGCAUUUCCUUAUUCUCACACAGGAACCACACCUCACUGGGGAGCUCAACUUCACAGAAACUUUCCACCAGCUGCCGAGAAGACCAGAAAAGCCACCGGGUUCCUAGGGUGCUGUCAGGACCACCGACACCAGGUAAACAAAAAGAUUUGUCCUCCCUUAGCGGUAAGAGCAUAGUCGGCAGGCUAUCGCUGAGAGCGCUGUCUGAUGGAGUGAUCCGACCCGUUUCCUUCGAGGAUUUCUUCUGAUCCGACUCGGGAUCUUCUGGCGUCGGCCACACAGAAUUAGAACCAAACUGGAAGUCUCAAAAAUGAGCGACUUUUGGCAUAAACUAGGCUGCUGUGUGGUAGAAAAGCCACAACCGAAGAAGAGGAGAAGGAUUGAUCGCUCCAUGAUAGGAGAACCCAUGAACUUUGUCCAUCUGACACAUAUCGGCUCAGGAGACAUGGCCUCUGGAGACGGACUUUCCAUGGCCGCUCCGAUGCAAGAUCAUAUGAGAUCGAAAGGAAACCGCGAUAGACCAUGGAGCAACUCCAGGAUCUUGUAGCUAUACACACUGGAUCGAGCACAUUAAGGAGGAGCAGGAACAAAGCGCCGCGCUGCAAUCACUGGAUAAGUUAUUCAAUCUUCCAAACAAAAUGAUU